AUGUUGCGUGCUGCCGAUGAGGAAGACGGUAACGAGACAUCAAUACAGGGUAUUUUGCGGGCUGUGAGGGCGAAUAAUGAAGACCUGGCACUCAUUCUCGCUGAAGAGGUCGUUUCAGCUGUCAAGUCGAAAAGCACAACACCGCAAGAGACUAUAAGAUUUCCGCCGCCGGUCUUGUGGCGGGCUACGUGGCUCGGAAUGGAUCGUCUGCUGGAAUUCCUGCUGCGAUGUGGUGAGCAACCGGACGACCAAUCCGCCGCUAGUAGCCCGUCUCUGCUGUAUAUGGCUUCUCGAUUGGGCUUCUCAAAGAUUGUCCACGUGCUCCUCAACCACAACGCUGAUUUGAGGGUGAGGGAUGAGGAGGAGGCCACGCCGCUCUCCAUCGCCUGUUCGCACGGACAUAUUGACGUUGUCAAAAUGCUUCUGGAGAAAGAUCCCACCAUGCUGGACAUUCCGCAGCCAGACACACCCUUAUACACAGCAGCGUUAUGGGGCUCUUGGGACAUUGUGGAACUGCUCCUCAGACUGGGCGCAGAUCCAAACCUG